AGACAGAAAAAUACACCGCGACCACCGGCACCUGGAACGUGAGACAAAGUGACUUCCUCCUCCGGCGUUCCCAGAAUACCCUGCGUCUUCCGCCAGAGGCCACCCACAAGGAAGCUAACGUAAGAUGUACGCCUGCGCGAAUGGUAGGCCGAGGUUUGAUCACGGUUAGAAUUGCGCAGGCGCAAAUUGUGGGCUACCGCCUCUGGAGGCAGAUUGCGGCAACUAUUACAGUUCGAGAGUCGGAUCCAGCCCGGGAAGGUUUUUUUGUUUUCCAGCGGUAUUACACAAACGAUGACAUCUGAAAAAAAAGCCAAUACUUAUUAAUAAAAAGUUUUAGUUGCGGCCGUGAGUCCGCGGCAUUUAAUGUUCUCGUUUGUGCGCCUUUAAAGACAAAAAAACAACGCUUUUAAAGCGCUACUUAAGGGCGGGUUGUGCCAGCAGUGGCAUAUUGAAGAUGCCUGAAAGUGACAAACCCUCACUAGCCCUUUCGGUACACCCAACACAACCUAGGUUCUGGCACCUUUACCGCAGCGUUAAGCGCGCUCGCAAACCUCGGAGCCUUCAUCGCGAGAAUUUACGGGAUUAGACGCGGGAGGAGGAGAAGACGACUUUUGGCGGCUGACAAGACAGCUUUCAGAAGCACGGGCUCUAGUCUCCGGUUUCAAGUGCCUCUCGGGCCCCAUUGCGCGUGCGCGCACGUGGCUCCACCCUCUUUGUCCGACACCUUGCUCCCCAUGCUUCCUGCACGUUUGACUGCUAGACUGCUCUGGCCCUCAGUUAGGAGGUCCACUCCCACCGCAGUGCGCCACAGCCUCGGAGAGCCGCUCUUGCAGACACGAUGCGCGGUCGCCACCUCCUCCCAGCACCCAGCGGGCCUGGGACCUGGGCUUCUUCGUGGCCCAACGGCGAGUGGGGGUUACAAAGGAAGGGAUGACUUGGAGGAGAGUUUUCUGUUUCCCGAGUACGUCCCGGAGCCGGAGCCCGCACCGGCUCUAGAAGAGCAGCUGCGGGAGCUGCGGCAGCGUCAGGAAGAGGAGGAACGACAGAAACAACAGCAGCGGGAGGAGCGGCGGCAGCAGAAGCUACGGGACAGCCUCCGGGUGCACAGGGUCGUGGGGCACCCUGACCCGACGGUGCCGCCCAGCGGCCUGAACUGCUCGGGCUGCGGGGCGGAGCUGCACUGCCAGGACCCUGGCGUGCCCGGCUACCUGCCCAGCGAGAAGUUCCUUAGCGCCGCGGCGCAGGCGGACGGCGGGCUGGCGCGGACCGUGUGCCAGCGGUGCUGGCUACUGGUGCACCACCGGCGCGCCUUGCGCCUGCAGGUGAGCCGCGAGCAGUACCUAGAGUUGGUGAGCGCUGCGCUGCGGCAGCCUGAGCCCGCCCUGGUGCUUUACAUGGUGGACUUGCUCGAUUUGCCUGACUCCUUGCUUCCCGAUCUGCCCGCGCUGGUAGGCCCAAAGCAGCUGAUCGUGCUGGGGAACAAGGUGGACCUACUGCCCCAGGACGCGCCCGGCUACCUACAGCGGCUCCGGGAGCGGCUGUGGGAAGACUGUGCCCGCGCCGGGCUCCUGCGAUCCCCUGGCCACAGAGGACCACUGCACCCCGGCAGGGGCGGGCCACCAGAUGGGGAGGAGAAUUCAAAUCAUUCGGCCAGGUCCCGUACUGUACUCCGGGACGUGCGGCUUAUCAGCGCCAAGACUGGCUAUGGAGUGGAAGAGUUGAUCUCUGCGCUUCAGCGUUCCUGGCGAUAUCGCGGCAACGUCUACCUCGUUGGUGCUACCAACGCUGGCAAGUCCACUCUCUUCAACACGCUCCUGGAGUCAGAUUACUGCAUCGCCAAGGGAUCUGAGGCUAUUGACCGAGCCACUAUCUCCUCCUGGCCUGGUACUACAUUAAACCUACUGAAGUUCCCUAUUUGCAACCCAACUCCUUACAGAAUGUUUGAAAGGCAAAAAAGGCUUAAAAAAUAUGCAUCUGAAGUUGAAGAAGAUCUUAGUCAGCUAGAACAAAAUCAACUUCAUCUCUUAAAAAAGCAUGGUUAUGUAGUAGGAAGAGUUGGAAGAACAUUCGUGUAUUCAGAAGAGCAGAAGGAUGAAGCUCCCUUUGAGUUUGAUGCUGAUUCACUUGCCUUUGACAUGGAAAAUGAACCUGUUAGAGCUGCAGAUAAACCCACCAAAAAAAUAGAUCUGACCCCACAAGAUGUGAAAGAUGCCCACUGGUUUUAUGACACCCCUGGAAUUACAAAGGAAAAUUGUAUUUUAAAUCUUCUAACAGAAAAAGAAGUAAAUACUGUUUUGCCAACACAUGCCAUUGUUCCAAGAACUUUUGUGCUUAAACCAGGAAUGGUUUUAUUUUUGGGUGCCAUAGGCCGCAUAGAUUUCCUGCAGGGAAGUCAGUCAGCUUGGUUUACAGUUGUGGCUUCCAACUUCCUUCCUGUGCACAUCACUUCCUUGGACAAGGCGGAUGCCAUAUACCAGAAGCAUGCAGGUCACACAUUACUCAAGGUUCCAAUGGGUGGAAAAGAACGAAUGGCGGAAUUUCCUCCGCUUGUUGCUGAAGACAUUACCUUAGAAGGAGGACUUGGGGAAUCUGAAGCAGUGGCUGACAUCAAGUUUUCCUCUGCAGGUUGGGUUGCUGUAACGCCUCAGCUUAAGGACAGGCUACAUCUCCGAGGCUAUACACCUCAAGGAACAGCGCUGACAGUCCGGCCCCCCCUCUUGCCCCAUAUUGUUAACGUCAAAGGAGAGCGCAUCAAGAGGAGCGUGGCCUACAAAACCAAGAAGCUUCCUUCCCUGGUGUACAAUCUGCGGAAGAAGAAACAACAGAUGAAGAUAUAAAGCUGACCUUGCUCGUGCUGAAUCUUCUAGCUAAACUACACAGCUAAAUUUGUUACUGCUCAGAACUGUGCCUAUUUGUAAUGUACUCAGUUUGUAAAUACAAGUUUUCUUGUAGGGUGUGUACAUAUGUGUGACCCAAAUACUUGUAUACCUAAAAAGGAGUUCUGCUACAUUCAAGUGUCUCACUACUGUCUUUUUUUUAUUGAGAACAGAUGUCAUUUCUUAUUUGCAGUCUACUUGAGAGGACAGUUUAGCAAUUGGCAAAUGAAAAAGUGGCGGGAAAUCAAUUUCUCCAAAUAAGAGAGACAUGAGUAGGUGGCUCUGCACCGUGUGGUAGCCCAGGGUUCCAGCUGGUGGAACAUUCCAUGGCUUCGCUCUCCAGGCAGGUGUUUGCUCACGUGGCCAUCCUUUCCCAGUGAGGGGGGAGGCGUGGCGAUGAAGAGCAAGCAGCUUCCCUGUUUAAAAGAAGGGGCAGAACCUGAAGGUGCAUACAUCAUGUCACACAGUCCAUUGGUCAGCAGUCACAUGGCCAGACCCACCCACAAAAAGCUGGGAGAUUGCGGGGGAGUAGGGACCAUUUCAGAUCUUUAGCACUUAAGACAAGGGGAGAAUGAACACUGGAGAACAAAAAGAAGUUUACCUUACAGGAGUUAAAAGUGUUUGAAAUUUUAGGUAAAAAGGUUUCAAGUUACAUCUUGUUAGCAUCCAUAAUCUAUUCUGCAACUACCAGAGAGUUUAAUUAACCAUUUUCACAUCUGUAUACACUGUGUAACAUUACAUCAAUCAGAGAUUUUUACCUUUUGUUAUUUCUAGAUGAAUACAUAACAAUGAGCAAUUGGCAGGUCAAGUCCCAGGCGCCUUGCCAGAAGUUGAGAAAAAUGCUAGCAGGAUAAGCUGGCCUGAAAUGCAGUCAGGUCCAGGAAGUUCCUCUAGACUCAGGUUUAACAUAAACUACUUUGAAUUGUUUUAUUUCAUUUUAUUGAUUUUAGAGAGAAGGAAGGGAGAGAGAGAAACGUCGAUCUGGUGUUCCACUUAUUUAUUUAGAGGAUCGGAAGACACUCUAACCCACUGAGCUACUCAGCCUGGGCAGCAUAAACUUUUGUUCUGUCAAUGUGUACCCUCUAGCCCCCUUCUCACUAAGUCCUCUUAGAAUAAAUGCAACUUGUAAAAACUUUGUAGAUCUCGCUUUCAUCGUGCUUCAAAGUGAAUGCUAUUGGCAUAUUGGGGAAGGUAGUUUUUUAUGUUUAAAACUGCACUUAAGUGUGUCAGGGCGUCCCUCUUCCCAGAUAAUAAAGGCCGGUCGCCCCUCCCCCACUCCGGCAGUCACUAUGGCAACCUAACAGUACUGCUAACGUUUCUCAACUCACCCUCUAGAGGGCAGUAGCUUCCCAACUUCAAAUUGGUAACUGAUUUCUAGGUUUUCAUUAUGGACAAUGAAAUACCAUUAUUUUUACAAAGUUAAAUUGUGGCCACUAUAUUUUUCUCUACUGUUCCAAGUUUGGAGCUUAGGCCUACUCUUUAGGAAAAAAAUGACGGAAAUAUGGUAAAUUUGGCAUUUGUACAGAAAAUACAGAACCUAAAAACUGAUGCUGCCAGUACCCCAGUAACUUCUCAAUACAUCUAGGAAGAAGAGCUCUCCCUUGUCUUCUCUGUAGGCUUUUAGGCCUCUUGCCUAACAAAGAUUCCAUGUUUUAACAUUCACAACUUAUAUUCCCAGGUCUCUUUUACCUCUAAAAUUCAAUGUUUUUGUUUCGUACAUCUUGACUGAGGCAUAUCUAAAAAUGCCCCAAGGUGCCUUGCUAGGAGUUUUAAACAGCGCAGUUUACUAAGUUUCAGUUUCCCUAGUUACAUUAAUCAUUUCUUCGGGUCUUCAUUUUCUCACCGAUAAAGUGAGGAAAUGGCAGGUUUUUCUCAGUCCUAACCUUUUACGAUUCUCAGUAAAAAAGCAGGAAAGCAAGGAAAGGGUGGUUCCAACACCUCUCACACAAAAAAGACACUGCAUGCUUAGACAGCCGAGGACUUCUGCUAGGCUCUGGUAUUAAUUUACUUCCUAUUCUGCUAACCUAAUGCAGCCCAGGAUCACUGCUGGCCUAUUCAACUGUUCCACAGUGGGUUUUGCUUUAAGAAAGUUGGUUUCUGAGUCUUAGUUUACUGAUGCUCCUUACUCCAUUAAUCUGAGUAUAAAGACUUCCCUUGAAUCAGUAAUCAGUUACACAUGGCAGCUUGCAGGAGCUGGUAAAGAGGACAAAUUAAUGGCUAAGUGGCAGGACAGCCCCCUCACUUCCACAGAACAAGUUGUUUUGAAUGGUGAGAAACAAUUAAGCAAGUUUAUACUAGAUUGUUUACUUGACUCUGCAGCCUUGUGGUGGUCGGUAUGUCACUUCUUUUGUAUUCAUGACACCUAAAAAGACAAAGCAUGUGCCCUUAAAGGGCUUUUUACUUUCUAUGUGAUACUAGGUUUUAUUUUUUAAAAGUUACACCUUUUUUCUCCUCUUUAAAACAGCACCAUUUUUUUUCCAAAGUUGCUGAGACGAAGUUCAGUUUAACACACUUUGUAUUUUUGGUCACCAUAAACAGCAAGCUGUACCCAUCACCAGGGCUUUACUGUGUAGUUCCCCAGAGUCUGCAUUUAUGUUACUUGCAACACUUCCCAUGACCAAGGAGAAGUGGCGUGCAGAUGCAAUCUUGUGCGCUUGUGUGUUUUGAUCAUUCAGACACUUCUUGCAAAAGGGAGCUCAAGACGUUUCCUGCAGAUGACUAACUUGGAGCUUCAGCUGUCCCGGCCAUGGCAGGGUUGUUGUUGCUUCACUGGGUAGGCACCCAGCGCCGAGGCAAGCUGUUUCGUAGACAGCCUCUGAUCAUUUACCCUGGCUGCCCUCCCACUUGGCUCUGCCUCAUGGAGCAAUAGAAUCAUUUCCAUUCUUUCUCAGACUGUUCCAUUUUCUCUUGGCUGCUUUCCUCCUCCCAGGGGGAUUGUUUUCCCUCAACUGUCAAAGAGUAAUGCUUAAACAUUAAAAACAAGACUUCAGAGUCAUGUGAAUUGAAUAGAUAGCACCUCUGCCUACUCUUAAUGUCUCUUUGUCAUUGUUGUCUGCCCCAUUAGUGGCCUGUAGUGGCAAGGAACUGGUUCAAGAUUAAUACUUGAACAUCAUACAGGAAUGAUGCCUCACUUGUCCCCUUCCUGUCAAAGAGCAUCCAUUUAGUCAAGGAAUUUCACUCUCUGAAUAUUUCUAAGUAUAUGUUUAGACCAUCCUUAAAACACCCAUCGCUUGAAACUCUGUUUUUCAAAAGCUUCCUUUUACUUCCCAAAUAAUUCUCAGAAUUUAUCUUCUGGGUAAUGAACCUAGUAGAAGAAUGUACUCGGACUUAACAUUAUUAUUGAUAGAUUCAGUAGGUAUGAUGCUUAAUCACAGACAUCAUCAGUACCUUUGGCCUAUAGCUACAGUAAAUUUAAGAAAACUGAGGCCACCCCCCCCCCUCCAAAAAAGACACAUGUGCUCAAGAACACAUCAUCAGGUGAUCUGGGAAGUAAAAAACUGCCAAGAUAAUUUCUUCUCAGUAUGUCCCUGGAAAAUAGACAUUCAAUUAGGAGAAUGAAUUAGAAGAAUGAGGGAAUUUGGUUGGUUGGUUGGUUGGUUGGCUAGUUUAUGUCCUCCCUGGAUAACAGCAACAGAGCAGACUUAAAUAUGCUUAGCAGAAUUUACACUUUUCUAGAGUUUCUUCCUUGCUUGCAUAACGGCAGUGGUGCCCCACAUCAGCUGUGUUUCAGACUACUCAUAGUUGCUCUAGUCAUACAAUAGCCCAUGUACCUUAUCAUUUAUUUCUUCACAGUCCUGUAACAGUAGCUAACUCUUGCACUGAGCCAGGCACUAUUCGGAGUGCUGUACGUAUAUUAAAUGAAUCCUUACAACAACCCCAUGCAGGAAGAACUGUUACCUGCAUUUACAGGUGAGGUGACUGAUGCCCAAGCAACUUGUCCAGGGUUACACAGCUAGUAAGUGAUGGAGCCCUGAUUCAAACCCAAGCAGUCUAGCUCCAACACCCAUGUGGGUUUUUUUUUAAUAAUAUAGUGAAACUGGCUUGUUUACCUUUUGAUAUACAGUUCUAUAGAUUAUAAUAUUGGUAUAGGUUCAUUUAACCACCACCAUAAUCAGGAUACAGAACUAGCCCACGAGCACCCAUGUAUUUAAUCACUAUACAUACUUCCUCUAUGUACUAGAGCCCAUCAUAAGUCUAAGCACCAGAACUUUUCAACCUCAGCAGGGAAACAUGUUAUCUC